ACGUGGAUGGAGUGAAAGCGUGUCAUUUCAAACCAUCCUGCCAAGCACAAGUCCGUCCCUGCGGCUACAUCACUGCUUUCCUCUCUCUACUACAGCUUCAACUUUCUGACCUGCACAUCUUACUUACCAUCAACCUUGCUAUUUGAGGUUCUUCGCUUGUAGAAGAGCCUUGUCUUUGAUACCUCUUUCCAGUCCUUCACUCAAAUCUCAUCUCAAGGCAAAGUCUGUCUUGAGAUCCGCUGCGGCCGCACGACCUCCCAGUACCUGGGGCAAUCAACCAUCCCCCGAACCUCCUACCCUCUAACCCUCACACGACCGACAACAUGUCUGAACAACCUGAACAUACGCAUCACAAGCCCAAGCCCAAGGUCAACCUUCAGGAUGCCUCUGGCUCCGAGAAGAGAGAGGAGCUUGACACCGCGACCGCCAUUCUCAAGAAGAAGAAGAAGCCAAACUCUUUGAUUGUCACGGACGCCACCAACGAUGAUAACUCGAUCAUUGCCCUUUCGAACAACACCAUGGAGACGUUACAGCUCUUCAGAGGCGACACAGUCUUGGUCAAGGGAAAGAAGAGGAAAGACACCGUCUUGAUCGUGCUCGCCGAUGAUGACCUAGAUGACGGAAAUGCCCGUAUCAACCGAGUUGUCCGCCACAACCUGAGAGUCAAACAUGGCGACAUCAUUACCGUCCACCCUUGCCCGGACAUCAAAUAUGCUAAGCGCAUUGCUGUCCUGCCUAUCGCCGACACCGUGGAAGGUCUUACCGGCUCCCUAUUCGACGUCUUCCUUGCCCCUUACUUCCGUGAAGCCUACCGACCGGUGCGACAAGGUGAUCUCUUCACAGUUCGAGCCAGUAUGAGACAAGUAGAAUUCAAGGUGGUCGAGGUGGAUCCACCGGAGUAUGGUAUCGUUGCACAAGACACCGUUAUUCACUGUGAAGGCGAACCCAUUCAGAGAGAAGAUGAAGAAGGCAACCUCAACGAGGUCGGUUACGAUGACAUUGGUGGCUGCCGCAAACAGAUGGCACAGAUUCGAGAGUUGGUGGAGCUGCCUCUACGACACCCCCAGCUAUUCAAGUCUAUCGGUAUCAAGCCACCACGAGGUAUUCUCAUGUUCGGUCCUCCCGGUACCGGUAAGACUUUGAUGGCUCGAGCUGUUGCAAACGAGACUGGCGCAUUCUUCUUCCUCAUCAACGGACCAGAAAUUAUGUCAAAGAUGGCUGGUGAAUCCGAGUCAAACUUGAGAAAGGCUUUCGAAGAGGCUGAGAAGAACUCACCUGCCAUCAUCUUCAUUGACGAAAUCGACUCGAUUGCACCAAAGCGUGACAAGACCAACGGCGAAGUCGAACGUCGUGUCGUUUCGCAGCUUCUCACCCUCAUGGACGGCAUGAAGGCUCGUUCAAACGUCGUCGUCAUGGCGGCCACCAACCGUCCCAACUCGAUCGAUCCUGCUCUCCGACGAUUCGGUCGUUUCGAUCGUGAAGUCGACAUUGGCAUUCCUGACCCAACUGGCCGUCUUGAGAUCCUCCAGAUCCACACCAAGAACAUGAAGCUUGGUGAUGACGUCGAUCUCGAGUCAAUCGCUGCCGAGACACACGGUUAUGUUGGUUCCGAUAUCGCCUCGCUGUGCUCAGAGGCUGCCAUGCAGCAGAUCCGUGAGAAGAUGGACCUCAUCGACUUGGAUGAGGACACCAUCGAUGCUGAGGUCCUGGACUCUCUCGGUGUCACCAUGGAGAACUUCAGAUUCGCCCUUGGCGUUUCCAACCCUUCAGCUCUCCGCGAGGUUGCUGUUGUCGAGGUUCCCAACGUGCGCUGGGACGAUAUCGGUGGUCUCGAGGGUGUCAAGCGCGAACUCAUCGAGUCCGUCCAAUAUCCCGUCGACCACCCGGAGAAGUUUCUCAAGUUUGGUCUCUCACCAUCGCGUGGAGUUUUGUUCUAUGGUCCACCAGGUACUGGUAAGACUAUGCUUGCCAAGGCUGUCGCAAACGAAUGUGCCGCGAAUUUUAUCUCCGUCAAGGGUCCUGAGUUGUUGAGCAUGUGGUUUGGUGAAUCUGAGAGCAACAUCCGAGACAUCUUCGACAAGGCUCGAGCAGCUGCACCUUGCGUCGUCUUCUUGGACGAACUUGACUCAAUCGCCAAAUCCCGUGGUGGUUCAGUUGGUGAUGCUGGUGGUGCUUCUGACCGUGUUGUCAACCAGCUCCUGACCGAGAUGGACGGUAUGACUUCGAAGAAAAACGUUUUCGUCAUUGGUGCCACGAACAGACCUGAGCAGCUCGACAAUGCUCUUUGCCGACCUGGUCGUCUCGACACUCUGGUCUAUGUUCCUCUUCCGGAUGAGGCUUCUCGUGCUUCGAUCCUCAAAGCACAGCUACGCAAGACUCCUGUAGCUCCUGAUGUCGAUAUUGACUUCAUUGCCAGCAAGACGCACGGUUUCUCUGGUGCCGAUUUGGGCUUUGUCACUCAGCGUGCCGUCAAGCUUGCUAUCAAGCAGUCCAUCGCCCAUGACAUCGAGCGCACAAAGGAGCGUGAAGCUGCUGGUGAGGAUGCCAUGGACGCCGAUGAUGAAGAGGAUCCCGUCCCUGAGUUGACCAAGGCCCAUUUCGAAGAAGCCAUGUCAUUGGCCCGAAGAUCUGUCAGCGAUGUUGAAAUCCGUCGCUACGAAGCCUUCGCACAAGCCAUGAAGCAGAGUGGUGGUAGCGCUUUCUUCAAGUUCCCAACCGCUGAAGAAACCGAGGCUGCUGCCAACGGCAAUGGCUUCGGCGAGGCUGGCAACGACGACAGCUUGUACGACUAAGCAUGGUUGAGGAGUAAUUACCUACGCAAUCUGGUGGUUGAGAAGCAAAUGUGCAUGGAAAUGGGGUGCGAAGGAUGAUAGGCGUCGAGGAUAAAUGGCCGUCUUACAGACUAGGAGCAUCCGAGUUCCAUGGGUGGGAGGCCUGAGAAAGCAUUUCCGUCAUACUGGUCCCACAAAGUUGUAUUCUAACUAGAGAAUGAAGUGCAGGCAAAAUAGAAUGAAUGCUUGAAUGAGUACGUUUCUGUGUUGAUUCGUGUCUCUGCUUGUAGAGAUAUAGUGCUGGAAUGGUGCAUUGCGACUGAGUGAGCAUCGCCGUCUGCAUAACAAUAAGAUCAGAUGACGCAGGGGCACAAAAUCCAUUAAUCAAAAGUCGCAGAUCCGGCCCCAGCCGCAGGCGACC